AUGGUCCCUGGCGGCGUGGGUAAAAAUACCUCCAAAAAUGCUUUUGCGGACAGGUUGCGCCUUGUUGAUACUGAGGACGUGGUGCUUCCACGUAAAAGAGCCACCCACCGGGCAAAAGCAGUGCAGACUUGGAAGAGGGUUAAAGCCUUGUCUGAUUCCUCUGACUCUGAUUCGGACUCAGAGGAGGUAUCUGACGGGUCCAAUGCAGUCGACCCUGUUUACUUGGAGGACUCAUCUUCUGAACGCAGUGUGCCUGCGACGCCAGCUAUUGAAGCUAGGCGGGAGGCGGAUGACUCUGCUAUCUUAGAGGAACCCCUUUUUAACCCUGAUGCCCUGCAUAACCCUUGUUCAGCUGAAUGGUACCCCACUGACCAUGUGGCCAAAUACUUUGCAACUAGAGUUAGAAAACCCCUAGAUAAGGCCACGAGAAAUAAACGCCCUACGGUCCCUAACAUGGCCUGUGUUACGAAGGAUGUGGAUCCUAAGAUCGCCCAAUUCCUGGGUUGGAAGGCCAAAAGGAGAUUGGACUUUUCCCUGCGAAACUGUCAGGACAAACUCUUAGACGUGUUAGGGCCUAUAGCCAAGAUCUUCAACAUGGUCGAAGCAGCCUUGACCGAGUGGGCACCAAUAGACCUUUUGGCCAUCAGAGGAUGGAUCCAAUGUUCCAUAUGCUUGAUAGGCAACGCUAACACCGCGUUGGCCACCGUACGGCGUAAAGUCAUCCUGAUGAAAAGUUUGCCAAAACUCCUCAAUCUGGCAAUGUCUGAGCCUGGCACACAGGCAAAAGGUUUCCUGUUCGGAGAUGAUUUUGUUAAAGACCUGGGCAAAUAUGUCAGUACCUUCACGGCACUAGACAAAGCACAAACGAACAUGAAAUGUUUGUUCUCUCAGUAG